AAAAUAAACACAUAGGGAUAGAGGAGCGUGCCGUUCCUGUGAAUGGGCAUCGAUCCACUCCGCCUCGCGAGGACGAGGACGACGACGACGACGACGACGGGGCGGCGAAGGUCGCGAGAGCCAUAGCUCUUUGGAGCCCUCGAAACCCUAAGCGAAGCCCUAACGCCGGAUCGGACCGCGUUCGAACCCUAGCUUUGCUCCGGUGUUGCAGCCUCCGCCUCCGGAGGCCCCGCGCCGCCCCGCGAGGAGGAGGAGGAGGAGGAGGAGGGGGAGGGGGAGGGGGAGGGGACGCGGCCUCGCCCCGCGGGGAGAAGAUGAAGGGCCUCUUCAAGUCGAAGCCGAGAACUCCAGCCGAUGUCGUGCGGCAAACCAGGGACCUCCUCAUCUACGUCGAUCUCCAAGGGAGCUCCCGCGACGCCAAGCGCGAGGAGAAGAUGAUUGAGUUGAGCAAAAACAUACGAGAGUUGAAGUCUAUUCUUUAUGGGAAUAGUGAAUCAGAGCCAGUGGCCGAAGCUUGUGCACAGUUAACCCAAGAGUUUUUCAGAGAUAAUACUCUACGCCUAUUAAUUAUCUGCCUUCCAAAAUUAAAUUUAGAGACUCGGAAGGAUGCGACUCAAGUUGUGGCGAAUCUACAAAGGCAACUAGUCCAUUCACGGCUGAUUGCUUCAGACUACUUGGAAGCAAAUAAAGAUCUUUUGGAUCUUUUAGUUUCUGGGUAUGAGAACAUGGACAUUGCUUUACAUUAUGGUGCUAUGUUGAGGGAGUGUAUUCGACAUCAAAGUAUUGCAAGAUACGUUUUAGAAUCUGAGAAUAUGAGGAAGUUUUUUGACUAUAUAGAGCUCCCAAACUUCGACAUAGCAUCGGAUGCUUCUGCAACAUUUAAGGAGCUUUUGACAAGGCACAAAUCAACUGUUGCGGAGUUCCUUUCUAAAAAUUAUGACUGGUUUUUUGCAGAAUUCAAUUCAAGGCUGUUGGCCUCUAGCAACUACAUAACAAAAAGGCAAGCCAUCAAGCUUUUGGGAGACAUGCUUCUUGAUAGAACAAAUUCUGCAGUUAUGAUACGAUAUGUCAGUUCAAAGGACAAUCUUAUGAUGCUGAUGGAUCUUCUCAGGGACAAAAGUAAGAACAUCCAGAUAGAGGCAUUCCACGUAUUCAAGUUGUUUGCUGCUAACAGAAAUAAACCACCCGAGAUUGUAACCAUAUUUGUGGCAAAUAGAAACAAGCUCCUUCGGUUUCUCGCCGAUUUCAAGACAGACAAAGAGGAUGAACAGUUUGAAGCGGACAAAGAGCAAGUUAUGAAAGAAAUAUCCGCACUCUAAGAUGGCAGAUUUGCUCUUAUGUCUUAUGAUGUAAUCCCAGAUGUAGAAGGAAAGUCUGAAUUAAUAGUGAACGAUGGUCCCUGCAUGUUGCACAGUGUAUGUAUUGUAUGGUACCAGCUCACAGUAUAUGAUCUGUUUGAUCAUGUUGUUGUAAUAAAAUUAUUUCAUGUUACUCUAAUAUGUGUUGUUCUCAUGUUCCUGA